UGAUGAACUCUGGAAAGAAGAGAAACGGUUUGAAGCUCAGCAGGAACUGCUCAGUAACGGUUGAAGGAAAGUUUGGAGAGAGAAAAGCUACCAGAGAUGUGGAGACAGCAGGUCAAACAGCGACUGGAUGCAGCAGAGGAGCAGAGACACGAAAUACUGGAUGCUGCUUUCAGCCCCGAAGAUCGGCUGCAGUCAUUAGAUGUUCAGCAGAUGCUGCUGGUUAAAGAGGCUCCUGAAGAACAGAGUCCUGGUGUGGACCACAUAAAGGAGGAACAGGAGGAACUCUGGAUCAGUCAGGAGGAAGGAGGGCAGCUCAGUGUGAAGGAAGAGACUGAUGCCCCCAGGUGUCCAGAGACUCUCCACCUAAAGGAGGAACUCUGGACCGGUCUGGAGGGAGAGCAGCUCAGUGUGAAGGAGGCUGAUGCAAACAUGUUUCCAUUAACUGCUGCUCCUCUGAAGAGUGAAGAUGAUGAAGAGAAACCUCUGUUCUCACAGCUUCAUCAAAUAGAAAACAGAGAUAUUCCAACCAGUAGCGUAGCUGACCAGAUGAAAGUAGAACCUGAUGAAGAGGACUAUGGAGAAGCAGAAUCCAACAGGAAGACAGAUCUGAACACUCAUGGAGACACUUUCAACUCUUCUGAGACUGAAGACAGCGAGGAAGAUGAUGUGAACCAUCCUGACUCAGGAUCUGAGACUGAAGACAGUAAUGAUGACUGGAAGGAGAGCAGGACUCGUGAGUCAGGUGGAAACUCUGUCAGCAGAUCUAUAAACUGCUCUGACUGUGGCCAACAGUUUGAUACCAAGCUCUCUCUUCAGACUCACAUGGCAGAUCAUUCACCAAAUAGCUCUUCAGCUAAUAGAAAAUGUUUUAGCGAAAAGAAAAAUGUAGACACACCAAAGAAAGACCAAAAGGGUUUAAAAUGUGAUGAAUGUGGUAAAUGUUUUAUGAAGAAAAAGCAUCUAAAUCAACACCUGAGAGUUCACACUGGAGAAAAACCAUUUGGAUGUCAUAUUUGUGGCCAAAGUUUUAGCUUUAAAUCAACUUUAAACAGUCACAUGAGGAUCCACACUGGAGAGAAACCAUUUGGUUGUGAUGUUUGUGGACAUACAUUUAGCAUAAAGUCAUCUUUAAACAAACACAAGAGAAUCCACACAGGAGAGAAACCAUUUGGAUGUCAUCUAUGUGGCCAAAAUUUUAGUUUUAAAUCUACUUUAAACAUUCACAUGAGGGUCCACACUGGAGAGAAACCAUUUGGUUGUGAUGUUUGUGGGCAUAAAUUUAGUGUGAAAUCAGCAUUAAAUAUGCACAUAAAAAUCCACAGAGGAGAGAAACCAUUUGGGUGUCAUCUUUGUGGACAAAGUUUUAGCGUUAAAUCAACUUUAAACAGUCACAUGAGGGUCCACACUGGAGAGAAACCAUUUGGUUGUGAUGUUUGUGGACAAAGAUUUAGCCGAAAGUCAACCUUGAAUUUGCACACAAGAAAACACACCGGGCAGAAACAGUUUGUUUGUGAUGUUUGUGGAAAAGGAUGUAAUGGUAAUUCAACUUUAAAAAAUCACAUCAGGACCCACACAGGAGAGAAACCAUUUGGUUGUGAUGUUUGUGGACAAAGAUUUAGCCGAAAGUCAACCUUGAAUUUGCACACAAGAAAACACACAGGGCAGAAACAGUUUGUUUGUGAUGUUUGUGGAAAAGGAUGUAAUGGUAAUUCAACUUUAAAAAAUCACAUCAGGACCCACACAGGAGAGAAACCAUUUGGUUGUGAUGUUUGUGGAUAAAGAUUUAGCCGAAAGUCAACCUUGAAUUUACACAUAGGAAAUCUCACCGGACAAAGACAGUUUGUUUGUGAGGUUUGUGGAAAAGGAUUUACUGAUAAUUCAACGUUAAAAAACACAUCAGGAUCCACCUGAGAUCCAACAUAUGGUUAUGAUUUUAUUGCCAUAGAUUCUUCAGGUUUAAGCUAACUAUACCAACUCUCCUUAAAGUCCUGCUGGAAAUGUUGAAAAGUUUCCAAUUGAGGAGGGGCUGCUGCUCACUAAUAAAGCUUAUACACCUGAUGCUAAUGAAAAUAUCAUUUUUAUUCAUAAUAUUGUUCAAGAAAUAGUAUUUUUAAGAGAACCGCUUGAGCUUCUGUGAGAAUUUAGUUGUUUUAACAAUAUUUAGUUUUCUCCAUCAGACGUUUUCCACAUAUUUGCUAGUAAUGACUUUUAUCUUAAAAUUCAUAUUUUGGAUCCAGUUCAGUUGCAUCGCUUCAUGCAGAAUAUGGUCACCCCACAACCUGAGUGAUCUCUGUUAUAUUGGAGCCAUCUUGGAUGAGUCAUGUGACUCAUAAACCAUCAGUAUCAUCUGUGCCACUUUCCCCUCCGUUUUCACCUGAAGUCUUCCUGUUUAAGGUUCUCUCUUUUUGUGACCUUUGUAGCUCUUUAGCGCCCCCUUUCUGUGCAUCAUGUGUUUCUAGAUUGGAUUGCAGGCUCUGUCUCUUGGACCCUGCCUGCUGCAGUCGUGACAUCGCUUUGUUCCAAACCCGCCCUCUGCUUCAGUAAUAACAGAGUCUGUCACAUAAUCAGCAGCUGCAAAUAAACUGAAGAUUUUUACAAUA